AGGUGUGGCCUCUCGUUGUUCUUUUGGAAGCGCUCCACAUCAUGUUCCUAGAUAAGCAAUGCUCCCGGGAAACUCGAUGGGUCCUGCUGCUUCGACGGUUGCGGUGGCUUGGCAGGCAGCGCGUCCGAUGGGAGCGCCGGCUCCGGCGACCCGAGUGUGCGAGACGAGCCGCGGCUCCAGUGGCCUGGCGAUCGGGCGCGUCCGAGGGGAGCGGGCGGCUCCGUUGACCGGCGAGCGCGGUGCGGCUCCUGCGGGGUGAGGUGUACUAGCUCCAACAGGUACCACGGCAUCUUCAUUGACUCACCACCCCUCGUCGCUCCGGCCACUCAGUUAGCGUGCCGCAACCUCAUUUUCCAUUCCCAGUUGUACCCGCGGCCACGAGCGAGAUCUGGCCGAGCGGCGGUGGGUGCUUGCCUGACCUGUACACAUGUAUAAAUGCUCUUCCGUUUUACAGCCCGUGGGCUGAAACAGUCGGCUGGGCUUUUUUCGGCUGGGCUGAAAAGCCCAGCCGUUCGGCUGGUUCAGUAGAAACCGUUCGAUUGGCUGCUGGCACCGACGUAAGACGCGUCAGUUUUGCUUCCUCUCGCCUCCUGUCCUGAACCAUUCGUCUCGCUCUCGCCCUCGCCCGGUCGCUCGCUCUCGCUCUCGAUCUGCCGCCGUCGCUCCCUCCGCUCGCUCGCUCUCUGCCGCCGUCGGUCCAUCGCCUCGCCCGCUCCCUCGCGCUCGGCCGCUCUACGCCGCCGUAGCUCCCAAAUCUUGCCCGCUUCCUCGCGCUCGCCCGCUCUCCGCCGCCAUCGCUCCCUCGUCUCGCCCGCUCCGUCGCGCUCGCCCGCUCGCCGCCGCCGUCGCUCCCUCUCUCGCCCGCUCCGUCGCGCUCGCCCGCUCGCCGCCGCCGUCGCUCCCAAAUCUCGCCUGCUCUCCGCCGUCGUCGGCCCCUCCUGCUCCGUCCCCGGCGGUUGCCUUCCUCCGUCGGUCAAGCGGCACAAAUCGGGUAGAUCCACCACGGGAGGCCUCUUCCGCGCCGGCGGCGGACUAUUCGGCCCCACUGCAGCGCUGCGGCACCGGGGUGAACGUGGCCGCCAGGGAUCCUGGUCGCCGCCUAGCACGACAGCCGGGAUCCGGGCUCUCCGCCGCCGCGACCUUCACCGUGCCCCCCCACCCCCGACCCCCGGUCGCCUGCCAACUAAAGCUGGAGGAGGUCACCCGGAUCCACCAUCCACCGCAUCCAAGCCGUGCCACUGCCGUCCCCUGACGAAGCCUCCCUUCUACAUCCACGUUCAUGGUUCACAUUCAGUUGGGUGGGGCAACAGAUUCUUGACUUCGUUCUGGCGUCUGCUACAAGCCUAGUAGCAGCCCACCCGUGACGAACUACCUACGGUGCCCACACUGGCAUCGUCAUCCACUUCUUCGUGCUCUCCCCCACCCGUCUGUCCGUACAGUUUCCGUCACAAACGUGCCAAAACAGCUGCUAAGAUGGUUUGCAGCCAUCCCAACUGGAAUGAGGCCACAACGAAAAUAUUGCUGGACCUGUGCAUUGCUGAGAAGAACCAAUUCAAUUGGAGUAACAGGUGCCUAACUAAGUUGGGAUGGCAGCACGUGUACCGCAACUUCAAACAACAGACUGGUCUGAAUUUGGGCAGCAAGCAGCUGCAGAACAAGCUGAACGCCAUGCGGAGAGCAUUCCAGAGCUGGAAGGACAUGCAAGCCCAAUCUGGUUUAGGCCGUGACAAAGAAACUGGUAGCGUUGCUGCUGAUUCCAGCUUUUGGGAUGACAAUGAAGGGGAAACGAGUUCUGCUAAGCUACCCCCGUUCCUCGACGAAUUGUACAUGUUGUACGGUCGUGACACCCAAGACAAGGGCACCUUGCUGACGGCAGGAGGUAUUCGUGAGGCGACACCUAGCGUGGGGACUGAGGCCAAUGCACAUGACUUCUACAUGGACCCCAUGGCUGCUAGUAGUGCUCGUAACUUAUCCAAAAGGCCAACCCGGAAAAUCUCUGUUGACAGUCCUCCGAAAAAGAAAAGUGGUAGCUUGGAGGACUAUGUCAGAGAACUUUCUGAAACUGUGGCAACGAGAAGCCAGAAACGUGGCGACCGUGAGCAGGAGGAACUGGACCGUGCAAUGCAGCUUAUAGAAGAAGAUGGUAUCGAGGAGGGGUCUGAGCUGUAUUAUCAGGCACUUUAUUUAUGUAAGAAUGCAGUGUAUCGGAGGGCCUUCACGAAGAUGAAAAUGAAAGAGGGCCGAGUGAAUUGGAUCCAAUUCAACUGGGAUAGGGAGAAUAAGUAGAGUGAUUGUGGCAUGACUUUGUUUUAUUCUAGUGAUGUGUACUGAUGGGUUGAAACAAUAAUAUUUGCUUAUGUAACGUGUCCUGUGCCAUGAACAUUGUGUUGUAAUGCAAGUUAAAUUUUUUUUUCAGGUUCAA